AUGACAGAACAACCGUCGACCCCGACGAGAUCGGGCUUCGGGGGUGAAUUCUUCAAACUUUUCGGAGGUGGCGGCGGCGGCGGCGCAAACAAUCCUCCCAAGAAAGUAACGCGAGAUGGCCAACCGCCAAAACGUCGAGGACCGAAACCCGACAGCAAGCCGGCCCUGACCCGCCGGCAGGAACUGAACCGCCAGGCCCAAAGGACCCAUCGCGAACGCAAAGAACAGUACAUGCGGGCGCUAGAGACAGAAGUGUCGCGGUUACGAGAGGCCUUCACCACCACGACGUCCGAGUCAAACCUGCAAAUUCAACAACAGAAGGAGAUGUUGCAGUCAGUGCGGACCGAAAAUGACAUUCUCAAGGAGAUUCUCAUCGCGCACGGCAUUAAUUAUGAGCCCGAGCUGGAGCAGCGCCGGGCGGAACGGGGCCCGACCAUGGGAUACCAGUCGAGCCCCGUCGCGGCCAGCAGCACUGGAUCGCAAACUGCCGGCUUCGCCAAUUCAACCAGCGACCAACAAAAUACCACUCCGGCAACCUCGAUCUCAACCGGUCUGAGCCCUCGCGCCGGUGGUGGUGUGGAGCAUCCCGAGGUCUCACCCCCGAUGGCCUUUGCACCCCAGCAGCAAGUAUACCAUGCAGGCCCGAGCGAAGGUAUCGGAGCCAUGGAUCGGUCCGCAUCCGUAUGCCACAUGGGAGACAGCCAUAUGGGGGAUGCUCCAGUACCCGCGCUUGGCGGCGUCUUUGAAAGCGACCCACAACUACAAAUUGACUUUAUCUUGACCUUGGAGGGCCCUUGCCGCGAGCACACGGACUACCUGUGUCGCCGCUCCGUCACCGAAGCCGACGACGAGGACAUGCCGUUCUCCGGGCAUGCGCUGAUGGCCACUUGCCCACCACCCAGCUAUAUCUCCAAUACGACCCCCGAUCAGCCCUAUCCACACAAAACCCCAGACCUUCCACUCGCCAACCUCGGAACCCUUCUGAAUCUCAGUCGCCAGCUUGUCACAGAUGGCCAAAUCACACCAAUCAUGGCCUUGCAAUGCCUCAAGAACCACGAGCUUUACCAAUCUCUCAGUCGCGACGAUGUCAAGAUUAUCAUCGAAACUCUCAAUACGAAGGUCCGCUGUUACGGCUUUGGUGCCGUUGUCGAGGACUUCGAGUUGAUUGAUUGUUUGAGCAGUGUGCUCGGCACCAAGGUUGAUCUGAGCAUGGUGCGUCACCGAGACGAUACUAUUUACUCGUGA